AUGAGCCUUGACUCACCGGCAAACGAGCCCGGUGCACCGCCGGAAGACACCAUAGAACAAACCGGCCAAAGGACAGAUCAUCCCGCGAACCUGCGGGGGCGGCAGACUCAAGCUGGACUCCCUCGCGGUCCUCCCCAGCCCUGGACCUGUGGCCGAGCUCAGCGGGAAGCACUUAAUAUUGCCGUCCCUCCCCGUGCCGCAGCUAUGCUGGCUGAGAAUUCCACUCGCCGCUCGAACAGGCAGGCGUUUGAGCUGGGAUUUGCAGCAGAUGGCCGGAGGAUUGACUGUGCACGAGCUGGCCGGGCUGUGGUUGAGGAUGCGGAUGCCUGUCUCACUCUCCUCACAGCUGCAGAAGCAGGAGGCACAUCAGUCAUCAACACGGCCCUAUGUAAUGUUCCGCACAUUGACACGGAUGGCUGGGCGGAGCUGAGGGCAGACAUGGAGAAUUUGGGAGACUGUCUGAUUGCUUGGGCGGCCCCCGGGAUGUGGAACCAUACAGCCAACGGCGCUCGGAGAUCGUGUGCUGCUUUGUCCACCACCGCGGGGUACAGCGUACUGAAAAAUAUGGAGCACGAACCUAAGUCAAGCAGCUUCUAGGUGCAUUGGCUGAUGAUAUGAUUGCGGAAAGCCUUUCUGACAGUCCAAGUGUUUCAACCCCACAGGAGGCACUGGAGAGGCUACAUGGGGUCACUCAUCAGCAGCGGGUGAACUACUG